GGCAAGGUUAUGGUCGAACGAAUGGUUAUGACUUAAAGACACGUUAUCAUGCAUGUAUUCUGAUGUAAACAACUGAACAUAAACGGUUGUCAUGGCUGCUCCCCCAGAACCACCACAGCCACCAACCGUGGGUCUCGAUGUUAAAGUAAAAGUUACAAACGAAAGCAUAGAAUUAAGAUUCAGAUGCAGCACGGGCGUGGCAGUGUUAUUGGGGGUUACUGGCGUGACGCUGGGGGCACUUUACGGCAAAGAAAAGAUCCAACCUGUUAUAGAAAGAUUGUUCAAUUCUGUUUUUGGCUUCUGCAAACUCACCCCUGGAUCCAUUGUCGUCGAUGUUGACUGCUUUUCAGCCAAGCGUGUGAAGGAAUUACUUGACAAUUACAAAUGUGGAAAACUAAAAAGUCGGUUUUUGGAUGAGCUGCAAAAGAUUGAUGGCAAGAUUGAAAACCUAAAGAUCAGAUUUGAACUAAAAGAAACUUUGGCGAUGAACACAAAUCGCAAACCAAGAACCUUUGGACAAAGGAAAGAGAAAAAAUCAAAGAAAGUAGAAGAACGAACGCAAGCCAUGUCUGAAAACGAGUACCUUGAGAUGUUGGAAAGCAUCAGAAAGUUGGAUGGUGUGACAGAGAGGCUUAUUAAUUUAUCCGAAAUCGACGAUGAUAGAUGUCAUAAUUACGACAAGGAUGAUAGUCCGUACAGCGAUGUCAUCAGUACAAGUGAUGAGCACGGAAGGACAAUCUUGCACUAUGCCGCCGUAUUGGGAAACCAUGCAUUGUUAAGAUAUUUCAAUAAUCUCUCGCCAUCCAUUUCUGACGCACGGGAUUGUGAUGGCAGGACUUUUUUACAUCUUGCAUUCAUACCAACCAAACUUUUUAUUCCUCACGAAAGUUUCGGAAAACUUUGUGGUGGUGGCAAUUCAUUCUAUACUGGUAAGGCAACUAUAGAUGCUCGAGACUGCGAAUAUCGAACUCCGCUGCACUACGCCGGCAUGCACAAUGGUGAUGUUGAAAGUUUAAUAGAAGAUAGAGCAAACAUUCUCGCCAUUGAUGCAUAUGGUAAAACGCCUCUCGACUAUGCCGUGGAUCAUGGUAAUACCAAAGUCGUAGAGUGUCUUCUGCUACAACAUAGAAAAGAAAAAGCCUCGCUAAAGAUAACGAAAGACAUCAAUACUGUGGACGAGGAAGGAAGAAACAUACUACACAAACUCGCAGCUUUUGCCAGUCCUGAAGCAAUAACUGUACUUCUCGAUGCUGGAUUUGACAUGAAUGCUAAGGACAAGAUAGGAAAAACUGCGUUGGAUUAUGCAUUUGAACAUUCGAAUGUCGAGUCUGCCAUUGCACUUUUCGAUCGUUUACUAGUAAAAGAACCGGUUCAUUCAUGUGUUGUUCUAGUUAAGAAAUAUUCGAAGAUGAAAGAUUCGCUUUCUCGGACAAUGCUACACCUUUCUGUGAUUCAUGCUAGGCAGAAUGUGUUAAAGCUGCUGUUAACCCAAUAUUGGGACGUAAACCAUCGCGACGAUGCAGGAAAGACUCCUUUACAUUAUGCUUUCCAGCAUGGUAAUCUCGACGCCGCCGAGAAACUUCUUAAAGCUGGUGCUAGUGUGGAUGAGAGAGAUAAAAACAAUGAAACAGUUGUACAUCUUGCAACAAGACGUGGGGACGAAAAGGCUAUAACGUAUCUAUUACAUCUUGCUGCUAAAGAGGGUAAUGAAGAUCUGCUUGAUCUAUUGUUGAAGUAUAACGUAAAUGUGAAAGCUGUUGACAGAAAAGGAAACUCUGCCCUACAUUAUGCGGUCGGGCAGAGAAAUGCCGCUAUUGUCGAGAAACUUAUUAAAGCUGGAGCAAGCUUAGAUGGGGAAAAUGACGAAGGACAAACCGUAUUACAUGUUGCUGCAAAAUAUGGUGAUGAGAAAGUGAUUGAUCUUCUUUUAAAAAGUAACGUAAAUGUGAAAGCUGUUGACAGAGAAGGAAACUCUGCCCUACAUUAUGCCAUCAGGUAUAGAAAUGCCGCUAUUGUCGAGAAACUUAUUAAAGCUGGAGCAAGCUUUGAAGGGGAAAAUGACCAAGGAAAAACGAUAUUACAUGUUGCUGCAGAAUAUGAUGAUGAGAAAGUGAUUGAUCUUCUUUUAAAAAGUAACGUAAAUGUGAAAGCUGUCGACAGGAAUGGAAACUCUGCCCUAUAUUAUGCCAUCUGGCAGAGAAAUGCUGCUAUUGUCGAGAAACUUAUUAAAGCUGGAGCAAGCUUAGAUGGGGAAAAUGACCAAGGAAAAACGGUAUUACAUGUCGCUGCAGAAUAUGAUGAUGAGAAAGUGAUUGAUCUUCUUUUAAAAAGUAACGUAAAUGUGAAAGCUGUUGACAGAAAAGGAAACUCUGCCCUACAUUAUGCCAUCAGGCAGAGAAAUGCCGCUAUUGUCGAGAAACUUAUUAAAGCUGGAGCAAGCUUAGAUGGGGAAAAUGACGAAGGACAAACCGUAUUAAAUCUUGCUGCAAAAUAUGGUGAUGAGAAAGUGAUUGAUCUUCUUCUAAAAAGUAACGUAAAUGUGAAAGCUGUCGACAGGAAUGGAAACUCUGCCCUACAUUAUGCAUUCAGGCAGAGAAAUGCCGCUAUUGUCGAGAAACUUAUUAAAGCUGGAGCAACCUUAGAUGGGGAAAAUGACGAAGGAAAAACCGUUAUACAUCUUGCUGCAAAAUACGGUGAUGAGAAAGUGAUUGAUCUUCUUUUAAAAAGUAGCGUAAAUGUGAAAGCUGUCGACAGGAAAGGAAACUCUGCCCUACAUUAUGCAGUCCAGCAGAGAAAUGCCGCUAUUGUCGAGAAACUUAUUAAAGCUGGAGCAAGCUUAGAAGAGGAAAAUGACGCAGGACAGACAUUAUUACAUAUUGCUGCAGAAUAUGGCGAUGAAGAACUGUUUGAUCUAUUGUUGAAGUAUAACGUAAAUGUGAAAGCUGUCGACAGGAAAGGAAACUCUGUCCUACAUUAUGCGGUCGGGCAAAGGAAUGUCGCUAUUGUCGAGAAACUCAUCAAAGCUGGAGCAAGCUUAGAAUGGGAAAAUUACGAAGGACAGACAUUUUUACAUAUUGCUGCAAAAUAUGGUGAUGGAGAACUGUUUGAUCUAUUGUUGAAGUAUAACGUAAAUGUAAAAGCUGUUGACUGGGAAGGAAACUCUGUCCUACAUUAUGCCGUCAGGCAGAAAAAUGCCGCUAUUGUCGAGAAACUUAUUAAAGCUGGAGCAAGCUUAGAAGAGGAAAAUGACGCAGGACAGACAUUAUUACAUAUUGCUGCAGAAUAUGGCGAUGAAGAACUGUUUGAUCUAUUGUUGAAGUAUAACGUAAAUGUGAAAGCUGUCGACAGGAAAGGAAACUCUGUCCUACAUUAUGCGGUCGGGCAAAGGAAUGUCGCUAUUGUCGAGAAACUCAUCAAAGCUGGAGCAAGCUUAGAAUGGGAAAAUUACGAAGGACAGACAUUUUUACAUAUUGCUGCAAAAUAUGGUGAUGGAGAACUGUUUGAUCUAUUGUUGAAGUAUAACGUAAAUGUAAAAGCUGUUGACUGGGAAGGAAACUCUGUCCUACAUUAUGCCGUCAGGCAGAAAAAUGCCGCUAUUGUCGAGAAACUUAUUAAAGCUGGAGCAAGCUUAGAAGGGAAAAAUAACAAAGGAGUGACAUCUUUACAUGUUGCUGCAAUAUAUGGUAAUAAAGAAAUGAUUGAUCUGCUGUUGAAAAAAAAAGCAAAUGUGAAGGUUAUCGAUAGUGAAGGAAAAUCUGCCGUUUAUUACGCUGUUGAAAGGAGCGAUGUCGCCAUCGUUGAGAUGCUUUUAGAAGCUGGAGCCGGUGUAGAAGGAAAAGAUUAUAGAGGACAAACAGUUUUACAUCUUGCUGCACAAAACAAUGAUGAAAAAAUGGUUGAUCUGCUGUUGAAAAAUAUGGCGGAUGUUAAUGAUAUUGACAGAAGGAGAAACUCUGCCGUACAUUAUGCUCUCAUGAGGGGCAAUCUAGCCAUCGUCCAAAAACUGAUUGAGGCUGGAGCUCUCAUUAGCGAGAAUGAUAAAUAUCUUUCGUCUGCUUUAUUGACAAAAGUUUCAGGCUCAUCAAGUUCAUUUGAGCCAAGCGAAGAUGAUAUUCAGUCAGACGAGAGCACACCAGGAUCAACAGCCAGAUGCCUUAUCACUUGAGGAUACAAACAAAAAUAACUUUAUUUAGAAACCCCUACGACUGCAUAGUGUGCCCAGUGAACUCCAUAUAUAUGGAAGGAUCACUCUAGUACAUUGCGAAAUCUGAAAGUAAAGCCAAAAAUGGCAGAUCGUGAAGGCUGCUUGGGUACCGAACCAGACCUCCACACACGAGCGGUUAAAAUUCAAUAUGGCGGCAACGUGUAGGAGUAGAACUCUGUCAGUUUUGUAAACACAACACAAAUAUACGGCAAAAGUUACCUCUCUAGAAAGAAUAACAUUGCCAGGUAAGGCUGUAACAAAUUGUAUGCAUUCAUUUUUAAAAACUUUGUAUUUUGAAAACUUUGUAACGUCCGGAAUGUUAGCUUUUUUAUUUUUCGUCAUAGUUUUAUAAUUCGCGCCUUUAGUUUCCAUGCGCGCUUCGCGCAUUCUACGCUUCGUGGAGGUCUUGUUCAGUACCCAAACAGCCUUCAUGAUCCGCCAUGUUUGGCUUCACACUUUGAACUGGAGCGAGCCUUCCAUAUAUAGAGAGUUUACUGGGUGUGCCAUUUACACAAUAACAGCAAAUUUUACUACUUCGAGGCCUAGGUGAUGUUGACACUUCAAUUUAUCCCUGAGCCGGGCGAGGGUACUAAUUCCGCCUGGCGAUUUUAAUUAUGCCCGGGAUGGAAAUGCGAAAUCGAAGUUGUCCGCCUUUAUGUCAUGGACAUUGGGUGUUUUUUUAAGUUAUGCGCAUGCGUGAGUUUAACACGAGUUAAAACUGUUAAGUAGCAAACGUGCGAUUGGCUAAAUUGACAUUUCGAAUCAUAAAACUUUUUUAAAAAAAUAUUUUUAAU